UGUUCUCUGCUUGUUUGGGAUGCAGAACGAAUGGGAGUGGGUACCGUAUACUCUAACUCUAAACUGUUUGAAGAGCUUGGACGAUCUCCCCCUCCCAUUACCUCGCUAUUCCAGCACAGGGACCACGCCUGGCGCAGACAGACGGCCAUAUUGCAAAGAGAAUCUCUCGCUCCUUCUUUCCUAGUGGUGAAACGCACGGAGUUCAACAUCACCAUCAACACCACUCACACAGGGGGAAACAGACACAGGGCGAUCAGAACGACAAGAGAAGAAACAUUUAUUUAUUUUUUUAUUUGAUAAAAGACUUUCUUAAUUUGGAAAAUACUUCCACUGGGUCUUUAAAAAAACUGCUGCCCAGAUUAAAGGCUACAGGAGUUUGUGCAGGGGGAAGGACACCUUUUCCUUUUUUUUUCUUUUUUUUUCCUGUUUUAGCAAACUGUGGAGACCAUUGGAAAAUGCCAAAACCGAUCAAUGUACGGGUCACUACGAUGGAUGCAGAGCUGGAGUUUGCCAUCCAGCCCAAUACAACUGGCAAGCAGCUAUUUGACCAGGUGGUAAAGACAGUUGGACUUCGUGAAGUCUGGUUCUUUGGGCUACAGUAUGUGGACAGCAAAGGUUACACAACAUGGUUGAAACUGAACAAAAAGGUAACACAACAAGAUGUCAGAAAAGAGAAUCCCCUGCAGUUCAAGUUCCGAGCAAAAUUCUUCCCUGAGGAUGUGUCAGAGGAACUGAUCCAGGAGAUCACACAGAGGCUGUUCUUCCUGCAGGUGAAGGAGGCCAUCCUGAACGAUGAAAACUACUGCCCGCCUGAGACCGCCGUCCUGCUGGCUUCUUAUGCCGUGCAGGCUAAGUACGGCGAUUUCAACAAAGAGGUCCACAAGCAAGGCUAUCUAACCAACGACAGGCUCCUUCCUCAGCGGGUUUUGGAACAGCAUAAACUAACCAAAGAACAGUGGGAAGAAAGAAUACAGACCUGGCAUGAGGAACACAGAGGAGUUCUAAGAGAAGAUUCGAUGAUGGAGUAUCUGAAGAUUGCACAGGAUCUGGAAAUGUACGGUGUGAACUACUUUGAAAUUAAGAACAAAAAGGGAACGGAACUUUGGCUGGGUGUUGACGCGCUGGGGCUUAACAUUUACGAACACGAGGACAAGUUGACACCGAAGAUUGGCUUCCCUUGGAGUGAAAUUAGAAAUAUUUCAUUUAAUGACAAGAAGUUUGUUAUCAAGCCCAUUGAUAAAAAAGCUCCAGACUUUGUGUUCUACGCCCCUCGGCUGAGAAUAAACAAGCGCAUCCUGGCGUUAUGUAUGGGGAACCACGAGCUGUACAUGAGGAGGAGGAAGCCAGACACGAUCGAAGUGCAGCAGAUGAAGGCUCAGGCCAGGGAGGAGAAGCACCAGAAACAGAUUGAGAGAGCACAGCUAGAAAAUGAGAAAAAGAAAAGACAGUUGGCAGAGCAAGAAAAGGAAAGAAUAGAGCGGGAGAAGGAUGAGCUGAUUGAGCGACUCCGACAAAUUGAAGAACAGACAUUCAAGGCACAAAAAGAGCUGGAGGAGCAGACCCGGCGUGCCCUGGAACUGGACCAGGAGAAGCAGCGAGCGAAGGAGGAGGCACAGCGGCUGGAGAGGGAACGCCACAGUGCCGAGGAGGCCCGUUUAGCACUGGCAAAGCAGGCCGCGGACCAGAUGAAGAACCAGGAGCAACUGGCUGCUGAACUCGGUGAAUUUACUGCCAAAAUCGCCCUGCUCGAGGAAGCCAAGAGGAAAAAGGAGGAGGAGGCAUCCGAAUGGCAGCACAAAGCGCUCUCGGCACAGGACGACCUGGAGAGGACCAAGGAGGAGCUGAAGAUAGUGAUGAGCAUGCCGCCGCCCCCUCCCCCUCCCCCACCCGUGGUGGCCCCCCUGGAGAACGAGCACGACGAGCAGGAUGAGAACAGCGCAGAGGCCAGCGCAGAACUCUCCAACGAGGGCGUCAACAACCACCGCAGCGAGGAAGAGCGCCUCACCGAGACCCAGAAGAAUGAGCGAGUUAAGAAGCAGCUGCAGGCUUUGAGCUCUGAGCUGGCCCAGGCUCGGGACGACACCAAGAAAACUCAAAACGAUGUCCUCCAUGCAGAGAACGUGAAAGCAGGCCGUGACAAGUACAAGACCCUGCGACAAAUCCGGCAAGGAAACACAAAGCAGCGCAUUGACGAGUUUGAGUCGAUGUGAGGGAGGGAUAGAGGGAGGCAGUUACGGGUGUUGCUCAUUUCACAUUGUGGUUUCUGUUUAGAGCUGAACCUUCCAGCAGAGAGGCAAGCAGGGCUUAACAAACCCAUUCAGAUUCCACCUCGUCAUGCCAAACCUCUGACCAUGCACCUGUUCUGAUCAAGAGGCUACAUAACUGAUGUGCUUACAUGUAUACAGUAUAUUAACAAACAAAAGGACAGUUUUAGAGCUGUAGUGUGGCCUCGUUUUAUGAAGAGGAAGUUAAGCAAAUCCACAACACAUUUGUAAGUUCACCUGCAUUUGAAAUUUCUUUCUCAGAAGUACAGAUUCAGCUGGUACUUUUAAUAUACGUUGGGCUCUUUUGAAUUUUCAGAAUGUUGUAUUUGUAGAAUUCAGUUAGCAUUGCCAUUUAUUUAAAAGUAACAUAUGUAUCUAAUGAACAACUAUUGUACAUUCAGAAGUCAGUACAAUGGUGUGGGAAAGUGAAAUCUGUCAGCAGUUAAAUUCAACUGAGAGAGCAGAACCCCUGCAUUGUGUUUCAUGUCCAGUCGUCAUAGAUGGUUUUCUUUGCCUGCUUGCUCACAAAGGCUUGGAAUACAGAUAGCCGUUCUGCUGUUGAUAAGGCAAUGGGAUGGAACGCUGGCUGUGUAUAAAAGAUGGCUAUCUCCCCAGCUGUCUGACGUGGAGUCUUCAGUAGACGCAUGUAAUAUGUGGUUGCCUGCGCAUCUGUAACUGGUGUGCAGCAUGACCUGUUUUUAACUCACCGUCCACUACUGAAGUUCUUGCCCUUUCUGGCAAGGGAGCAUACGAAAACAUCGGUCCCAAUGACGGGACAGCUGACUACCUCAAUAUUAUAUACAUGAUGACUGGACAGUCAAACACUCCUCAUGAAUUCCACCUCCCACCCUGUGCGUUGUGUAUGGUACAGUCUAGAAUGUGUCGGGUUGUUUCAAGUUCCCCAGCCCUUGUGUGUUGACAUGUUGCACUUGACUUGAGAAUUGCAUUCCACUCACAAAUGCAAUUAUUGGUUUAUGAAAUGACCUCAUACAGGAAGACUAGGUGAAUGUGUGCACAUGUUUGUGUGUGAGAGAGAAACUAUUGUGAACAUGUGUCAAGGUGUGUUAGGGAUUCAGUUGUGUGCAGGGGAAAAUACUUUUUAUCAUGUCAGGAAUUCCCACCAUUUUUUUCAUCUCACCUUUAUUCCAUGUAUUGUUCUCCUGCAUCUUUUUUUUCUUGUUGGCUGUUAGAUUUGUAAUAAGAGAUGUACAGGGGAUGUAGCUCCAUAUGAAUAUUCAUGAAGAAUAAUAUCUCCAUGGAUAAUCAACUUUUCACAAACACUGACUAAUAGAUACUGAAAUCUGCUGACCAGUUGAGCUCUAUUGUGUGACAAAGCUAGUAGAAUGCUUGCUUAAAACCUAGUUUGCUGGUCCAUGUCUCACCAUUGCACAUCAGAAAAUGUAUUGGAUUUGAUAUUUUUUCAAACAUUGCACAGUAAUGGAGUUACAUAUUGUAAAGCUGUUAGAAGAUUUUGUAUUUUGUAUUGAGUUUUUAACUUAUUAUUUUUUUUUGGAAUGGUAGAACUAAAAUUUCACUGUUUUAGUUUUCCUAGUUUGCACAUCUGUGAAGCUGAGAAUUGAGAGUCUUUUUUAUAAAUUGCUUUGGGAGAUAAAUGCUGAAGUAUGAGGGAUGUCCGGCAUAUCUAUGAACAUCUACUAUCACAAAUCUAAUGCCAGAUAUAUUUUCCUUAUCCUGUGCCCCAUCACUGCACUCUGGGCCUGUUUGUUCUUGAUGUGCAUGUUGCCCCGCACUGUACUUCUUAUUCCAUUCUCUAAACCUCAAAUGAGCCCCACGAUUAAGGGACCAGCCCCUCAGGUGUUGAAGACUUUGUUCAAGAUUUAUCUGUAUUGAAAAUACAAUAGCCUUAUUUUGAAGCGAGUAUAAGUGCAAAGCCACAUUUAUGAAAGGAAAAACCCAGGUAAUCCAAUGCUGGCAAGAAGCAGGUUGAUAAACCACAGUUCUGCAUCAUUUUUUCCAUUUCCUCUCAGAAGAUUUAAUUUGGACUUGUUUCAAAUUUGGAAUGCUAAUCUGCUUUAGUCCGUAACAGUUCAGGCUGCGUUUCUAUAUAUCAGUGUUUGUUUAUAUCUAAAUUUAACUUUCAGGUUACAUGGAAUCAAGGCAUCUCUCAGCCAUUGGGUGCUAAGUAUUUAAAUUCACACGCAAUUAUUUGAUCUGAAGCCCCGGCUUCCUCUCUGAUGCCAGUGCAGCUUACUUCCAUUGGUAUUAUGCAAUUCAUAAUUCCUCAUUUAUUGAUUUUAAUAUUGAAUUUUGCCAUUUCUUGUAAAGCAUUUUCAUGCACAGUACAGUAUGUCAAGUUACUUGCUGCUAAUUUCCCUUGAGGUUGUUUUCUCUCCAAAGAAAGUGUUACAGCAGCAUUUUGAUUUAACAUUUUUUUUUUUUUUUUUGUAAUUGCAAUAGUAGAUAAUUGGGUUGGCUGGUUAACUACAAACUAUAAAAUCCCGGUGUGCAAUUGCUGUGCACGUGCUUCAGAACACUGCUUUUCAUCUGGCAAUGCACAGCACCUCAAGUUUGAGGUUUGACAAAUGUUAUUCAAUGACGCAUGAGCAUUCAUUUCUCUUGGAAACAUUUAGAAAAUUGUUUUGCCAUAGCAAGUGAAAUACUGUGCUUCCAAAUAAAUUUUUAUUUUCCUGAAACGUGCGCUAACAUUGAUACAUAAUAUCUGUAUCAGUGUGAGAAAUACAAACUACUUAUCAUGUUUGCUGUUCAUGUAUCUAUAUAUUAUAUAGAAUAAAUAAAUAAAGAAUUUAAUCUCUGUA